AUGUGCCACAGUGAGCAGGCCACGGUACAACUGAAAGGGGACCCUCGGGAGCCACCCCCCAUCCCAAAGGAUACCCACACUCCCCCUGCCCACUGCCACCCUGACGGGGAGACACUGCCAGGGAGAGCCCGUGGUGACCACAGUCUCAUCCAGACGCCACUAAAUGGCAAAGAAAACAUCGUGAAGACCAGGAUCAGAGGAUCUUGGAGGAGUAAGGAGGCCAUGGAUCCUGCAAACUGCGUCAAGAAGGCCGGUCAGCUGCGGUUUCAGGGUCCUCAUGAUCUGGGCACAACAUUUGGGGGCUCUUCCAGGAUCCCCAAGACCCCCAGGAUCCCCGUACUGGAGGGUCGAAGCCAGCCGAAACAGCAGCCAGAGGUGAUCCUGGCAGCUUGUGAAAAGACUCCCAGAGAACGAAAGGCAGGGGGAGAAGUCCCGGCCCCAGCUGGAACUGGGGAGAGAGGGCCAACUCUGGGCACCAGCAUCGGGGAUGGCCCCGCCCAGAACACUCGUCAUCAGCGUGCUGCCUCACAGGCAGGGCCGGCAGAUUCUACUGUUCUCCCACUGAGAGCGACAGGGCCCCCUGAUGAGCAUGGAGAGCCGAGAGAAUGUGAACGUCGUCUGAGAAAAAUUGCGGCAGAAGAAGAAGUGGAGGGGAAACCUGUUGAGUUCCUAGUAGACACCGGAGCUCAGCAUUCAGUUCUGCUUAAACCACAUGGCCAUAUAUCUGACAAAACUUCCUGGGUCCAAGGAGCCACAGGCAUGAAAAUGUAUUCAUAGACUACUUGAAGAACAGUGGACUUGGGAGUGGGCUGGGUAACCCACUCAUUUAUGAUUAUACCUGAUUGUCCCUAUCCUCUACUUGGAAGAGACUUACUCACUAAGUUAGGAGCCCAAAUCCAUUUUCAGCCCGGGGGAGCAGAGGUCCUUAACCAGGAGGGAAAGCCCAUCCAAGUGUUAACUAUGAGCCUUGAGGAUGAGUAUCUGCUACACCAGGGGCAUCCCCCCCCCAAUCCUGACGUGGAACAAUGGCUUGCCAUGUUCCCGUAAGCAUGGGCAGAGACUGGAGGCAUGGGGCUGGCGGCACACAGGACACCUGUGUUCGUAGAAAUAAAGCCAGGAGCGGACCCUGCACUAGUUCGCCAAUAUCCCAUGUCCCUGGAGGCCCACAAAGGAAUAACUCCACACAUCAGGAGGUUACUUGCUCAGGGUAUUCUAAGGCCCUGUCAAUCAGCCUGGAACACCCCCUUGUUGCCAGUACGGAAACCCCACUCAAAUGACUAUCGACUGGUGCAGGACCUCCAUGAGGUAAACAGAAGGGUCAUAGAUAUCCACCCUAUGAUGCCUAACCCAUACACCCUUCUGAGCUCAGUUCCCCCGAGCCAUCAAUGGUACACGGUCUUGGAUCUCAAGGAUGCCUUCUUUAGCCUUCCACUGGCACCCAAAAGCCAGCAUAUCUUCACAUUUGAAUGGAGUGACCCAGAACAAGGCCUCAACAGACAGUUGACCUGGACCCAAUUACCUCAGGGGUUCAAAAACUCCCCCACCAUCUUCGACGAGGCCCUGCAUGAAGACCUGGGUGAGUUCUGCCUCCAAAACCCCCAAUUGACUUUGUUACAAUAUGUAGAUGAUCUCCUUAUAGCAGCUAAGAUGCGAGAGGCCUGCCUAGAUGGAACCAAGAAACUCUUGACGGUCAUAGGGGAACUGGGGUACCGGGCAUCUGCCAACAAGGCCCAAAUCUGUAAACCUGAGGUAAGCUACCUAGGAUACAUACUCAAAGAAGGGCAGAGGUGGCUGUCUGAUGCUAGAAAAGGGAUAGUUCUCAAGAUACCCGCACCAGAUUCCCCUCGAAAGGUUAGAGAAUUCUUGGGAUCGUCUGGCUUCUGCCACUUAUGGAUACUGGGAUUCGCGGAACUUGCGAGGCCCCUUUAUGAGACAACUAAGGACAAUCAGGCCUUUCAGUGGACAGAAAAACUACAAAAGUCCUUUGAUCAAAUUAAAGCUGCCUUGUUGCCAGCGCCAGCCUUGGGCUUGCCUGAUGUCACUAAGCCCUUCUACCUUUACAUUGAUGAAAACAAAGGAGUUGCCAAGGGCUUCCUAGUCCAAUAUCUGGGCCCAUGGCACUGACCAGUAUCAUAUCUGUCCAAAAAACUUGAUCCUGUUGCAGCUGGAUGAUCCCCAUGCCUGAGGAUGAUCGCUGCAGUGGCUCUGAUGGUCAAAGAUGCUGAUAAGUUGACCUUGGGCCAAGAACUGUAUGUGACCACCCCCCACGCCAUUGAAGGGGUUCUAAAACAGCCUCCAGAUAGAUGGCUCAGCAAUGCCCGCCUAACCCACUAUCAGGGCCUGCUCUUAAACCCAACCAGAGUUGUCUUCCAGACCCCGGCUGCCCUAAACCCAGCUACAUUAUUGCCUGACCCAGACCUGGAGGCCCCGCUGCAUGACUGCACUGACAUCUUGGCUCAGGUACACGGGACCCGAGUGGAUCUGAAAGAUCAACCAUGGCCAGAUGCUGAAGAUACCUGGUACACUGAUUGGAGCAGUUUUAUUCAGGAUGGUCGAAGGUAUGCUGGGGUGGCUGUGGUCACUGAGACUGAGGUCGUUUGUGCUGAACCCUUGCCCACUGGAAUGUCAGCACAGUGAGCAGAGCUCAUAGUGCUAACCAAGGCACUGACUCUGGGAAAGGGCUGGAAGCUAAAUAUAUACACAGACAGCAGGUAUGCUUUUGCCACCGCUCACAUACAUGGGGCCAUAUACAGGGAAAGAGGACUGUUAAUGGCUGAAGGAAAGACUAUUAAAAACAAAAAGGAAAUUCUCACCCUACUGGCGGCCCUAUGGCUGCCAAAGAAAUUGGCUAUUGUCCACUGUCCCGGGCACCAAAAAAAUGAUACUCUGAUUGCCCGAGGAAAUAAUUUGGCCAACCAGACAGCUUGAAAAAUAGCCCUAGAGGCUGAUCUGAUGCUGAUCACUCAACUGCCCAAUCCAGGGGGUGCUGCUUUGCCAGAAAAACCUCAGUACACUGAGGCCUUGGGAGAACAAGUUCUCUCCAAAAUGCACUGAUCCACCCACAUGGGUGUCCGCAAGAUGCAGGACCUCCUAAGACACGCUGAAAUCAAGAUUCGAGAUGCCAGUACCAAAAUAGAAUGCAUUGUUGCUACUUGCAAGGCCUGCCAACUGACCAAUGCUACCUUGAAUAAGGCUAACCCUGGCAGCAGAUUGAGAGGAGACCAACCUGGCAUAUACUGGGAACUAGACUUUACUGAGGUAAGACCUGGAAGAUAUGGUUACAGAUACCUGCUAGUCUUUGUAGAUACUUUUUCAGGAUGGACAGAAGCUUUUCCUACCAAACAUGAGACAGCACAGAUUGUGGCCAAAAAGCUGCUAGAAGACAUCUUGCCAAGGUAUGGUUUCCCAGUAAUGCUCGGGUCAGACAAUGGACCCACCUUCGUUUCCAAGGUGAGUCGAAGCUUAGCGCAGGUACUGGGGGCAGACUGGAAAUUACAUUGUGCAUACAGACCCCAGAGUUCAGGACAGGUAGAGAGAAUGAACAGGACCCUAAAAGAGACCUUAACUAAAUUAGCCUUAGAGACUGGCAGUGACUGGGUGGCUCUCCUUCCCUUUGCCCUCUAUAGGGUACGCAAUUCACCCUAUAAAAUGGGACUGACUCCCUUUGAAAUUAUGUUUGGGGUGCCCCCUCCCAUUAUCCCUAACCUCCAGUCUGAGGUGCUCACUGAACUUGGUGAUCAAGAGCUGUUAUUUUCUUUAAGAGGUAUUCAACUGAUUCACAAGGACAUCUGGCCCAAGCUAAAAGCCCUGUACAAGUCUGGACCGCCUCCUGAGCCUCAUCGCUACCGUCCAGGAGAUUGGGUCUACCUCCAGAGGUAUCGUCAAGGAAACCUCGAACCUUGUUGGAAGGGACCCUAUGUAGUAAUUCUGACUACCCCCACCGCUCUCAAGGUUGACAGGGUAGCCACUUGGGUGCACUACACGCACGUUCGACCAGCGGAUCCCUUUGCGGUUCGAGAGGACUUUGUCCCAACAUGGCAGGUAUCCAAGGACAAUGACAAUCCCCUCAAACUCAAAUUCAAAUGCUCCUGA